AUGAGAGGAAUAAUUAUUAGGAGAUUGAAUAUUAUUGCUGGUUGUUGCUACACCCAAAACUUGGCAGCCGUUCUAUCCGACCCUAAGAGAACCAGAUCUGAAGUUUCUGCUUUUUUCACACGUCAUUGGGGGGAACAAUUUAUACCUAGAAAAACUAUCCCUCCAGCACAAACAAUUCCGUCAAUUUCUUUGGAACAUUUUCGGCAAUAUUUGGCAACUACAGCAAAAAAACAUAAACAAUAUUUGAAGGCGAGAAGGGCACUUAGACAAAAACAAACACAACAAAAUGGGGAAGAAGAACGGAUAUCGAGGGAUGAAGUGGCUGAUAUUUUCUUUUCUCCAACAUUUUCUCGCCAUACACAACAUACUUUUGAGGCUGUUUUUCUUGAACCUAAACCUGGAGAAAUUGAUAACCUUUUUUCUCCAAUAGAAAAAAGAAAGGAAGCUUUAAGACAACAACAAAAUCAAAAUCCGUUUAUUGAAAGACAUGAAAGUUGUGGUUCCCUUUAUUCUAUUCAAAGUGGACAACAACAGCAAUCAUUAUUACCAAUAGAAGCAAGUAAUGGCCGCUUCUUCCGUGCUUGUUUACGUUUACAAAAUAAAUUGGAAUUUUUUGAUGAUGCAAUAAGUACUUUAUUAAAUCAACAAUUAGAAAAUCGGAGUGAACAAUUUUGGAAAAGUGUAAAUUCUUAUGAAGCUUUGCAUGACGAUUUGGAAGAAUCUAUUGAAAGAAUUAAAAUUGCUAGACAAAAACUUGCCAAAACAAAAUUGGAGUUAUGCCAACGUUCUCAAAAUUUGCUUCAACUUUAUUAUGCCAAAAUUAAUAGACAACGUCUAUUUGAUAAAUUACAGGUUCUUAAAUUUAAAAUUUUUUUAUAUAAAUUUAAAGGAAAUUGCUUGUCUUCGAGAUGCCCAAUUAACCGUACAAAUGCUUCUAAACCAGGAUGAUGUCCCUAGAGCCCUUGAAUGUAUACAAACUGCAAUGGUUUUUUUUGAAAAUUUUUUUGGUAUUUUGGGAGUAGAGAUCGGUCAGGAUUUGGAUCCAGUCUUGGAUUUUUCCUGGAUCCAGAGUCCAGAUCCAGGUAUUUUUUCUGAAUUUUUCCUGGAUC